AUGCAGAACAUGAGCUUAACCCCCAGUCAACUAUGGUUGAAUUUCUGGUUUGUUGAGGAGCUGUCACGUGAUGACCAACGCAUAUGGUUCGCGAUUGUUGUUGUUAAGGAGAUUGGCAGUGAGAUGAGUAUGGUGGUGCCGAGAGUUGAAAGCUUGGCGAGCAGUGGGAUAAAGCGUAUCCCGAAGGAGUACGUGAGGCCGAAAGAGGAGUUGGAGAACAUAGGGAACGUGUUCGAGGAGGAGAAGAAGGAAGGGCCUCAAGUUCCGACGAUUGACUUGACAGAGAUAGAUUCGGAGGACGAGGUUGUACGAGGGAAGUGUCGGGAGAAGCUGAAGAAGGCGGCGCAGGAAUGGGGGGUGAUGAACUUGGUGAACCAUGGCAUCCCUCAGGAGCUUCUGAAUAAGCUGAGGAAAGCAGGGGAAACCUUCUUCUCUCUCCCCGUGGAGGAGAAGGAGAAGUUCGCCAACGAACAAGCCUCUGGGCAGAUUCAGGGUUACGGAAGCAAGCUUGCCAACAACGCCAGUGGGCAAUUGGAGUGGGAAGACUACUUCUUCCACCUUAUUUAUCCUGAGGAGAAGCGCGACCUCUCCAUCUGGCCAACCACACCUGCUGAUUACACUGAGGUUACGAGCGAGUAUGCAAAGCAAUUGAGGAAGCUUGCCACCAAGAUUCUAGAGGCACUAUCUAUUGGAUUGGGGUUGGAGGGUGGUAGGCUGGAGAAGGAAGUCGGUGGAAUGGAAGAGCUUUUGCUUCAACUGAAGAUCAACUACUACCCAAUUUGUCCCCAGCCAGAAUUGGCUCUGGGAGUUGAAGCCCACACCGAUGUAAGUUCACUCACUUUCCUCCUUCAUAACAUGGUGCCAGGUCUGCAACUUUUCUAUGAAGGCAAAUGGAUCACGGCAAAAUGUGUGCCUAACUCCAUCUUCAUGCACAUUGGGGACACCAUUGAGAUCCUGAGUAACGGCAAGUACAAGAGUAUUCUCCACAGGGGAUUGGUGAACAAAGAAAAGGUAAGAAUAUCAUGGGCAGUGUUUUGUGAACCCCACAAGGAGAAGAUCAUCUUGCAGCCACUUCCUGAACUUGUCACUGAGACAGAACCAGCUCGUUUUCCUCCUCGCACUUUUGCCCAACAUAUUCACCACAAACUCUUCAGGAAGGAUCAGGAAGGUCGCCCAAACUGA